GCCCCACGGAUGACUCUUGGCCCUGAGUGAGGGUGUCAGUUGUCCACAAUGGCAUCCCAAUUUCCCCCGUUUAGAGUGGACUUUCUGCUCCCUUCCUGCACCCCUGAGUCCGUUGGUCUCAGCAGGACCAUGAUUGGAGUCAGGAUAGAAGAGGUCCCACAGAGUUUUGAUUGUGGCCUUCUCGCCCCCAUUCCUGCUUGUCCCCAUCAGUCACAAUCUGAGCUCUCUGGGUUGGGUCUUGAGACCAGGAGGAACCUAGCCCUGCCCAUUGCUAGGGGAGACUGCCCUGUCACUGCUGAGGCUGGCCAGGGGAUGAUGCCUGAGGACCUAACACAAAGCCCCCUUCCUAUUCCAACUCUCAGGGGUGCUACUGGCUGCUGGCUUGGCAACAGCUCUGCUCACUGGCCUUGGCCUACUUCUGAAACCCGCUGUGCCCCAGGCCUGCCCCACAAAGUCUUGGGGAUCCCAGUGGAGAAGCGUGGGGCAGCCUCCUACUCCUGCUGUGCAUGUGACUCCCAGGGACAACCUCCUGUCCUACGAAGACCUUGAAGAAGCUGAUUCUAGGGAGAAGGACAUGACUCGGGGUGCAGGGGAACCACCCCAGGCCCUGACGCUGGAGGACUUCAGUGUGCGCACACUCUAUGACAAGCUGGAGGACCAGAGUCUGCACGUAGCAGCCCAGCUGAGUAGGCACAGGGAGGAUGCAUUGGCCUUCUACAGGGCGGCAAGCCAGCAGCUACAGGGACUCCAGGAUUUUCUGCAGGGCACCAGCCUGACAGAACUUCCAUCUCUGGUCAAGGACAAACACCCUGAGCCAGGGGUCAAAACCCGUAGGGAAACAGUCACUGGAGAGAGCGAGGAACCACAGGAAGCAAGAGCCAGUCACACUGCCUCAUCUCGGACAGACUCCUGGCAGCUUGCUCCGGGCUGUACUCCAAGCAUCUCUCCCUUGGGCUUCCAGCCAGAGCUUAGCAGAACCAUCACUGCCCUGGCAUCAGCACUUUCUCGGGCACGAGAGCCACCUGUUGGGGCCAGCAGAAAGGCCUCUAGCCAACAUGAUGAACAGUCUUCCUUCACCAGUCAGAGGGACUCACCUAUGAUGGGACAGCCUCCAUUCAAUGACCAGGAACCCCAGAGCACAAGGCCCCAGCAGGCCCCGGAACCUCUCCAGAUCCCCAAGCAGGACGUUAAAGGAAGGGAUGCUCAGACCCUCAGUCCUGAGAAGGGGAUCCUUGGGGCUGGACUCAGACGUAGACCUGAUAUUGAGUUGCAGAAAAAGACAUGGCAGGUGGAAGAAGCUCUGGAUGAGCUGAAUGAGGAGUUCUUUUGGCUCAGUGCUCAAAUCUUGGAGCUCCAGAAGGAGGAUGGCAAGCUGGACCGACUCUGCCUAGGGGAAGACAACACCUCUGUGGGCACACAGGCGCUGAUGCUGGAGGUACAAAGGAUCCACCUGGCUCAGAGGAUUGAGGACCUGGAGUGGGAACUGUCCCUGCUCCUCCAGACUUCCAAUAGCAGCUCAAGAGCAGAAGGGAGCCGAUCCAGCCACAGUGCUAGCCAGCAAGUUCCCGAGUCACCGUGGAUGCAAAGGUGGCCACCUGUAGGAUGUACCUUCUACACCAAGGACACAACUACAUCCCUGUGUUAGGAAGGAAUGGGUACCUGAGGCUGGGGGUCUAUGCUGGCUUAGAGGUGCUUCUUUGUGGACACUCAGAUUUCUGUCAGAAGCUGACCUCAGCAUGUGCUAAACUCUGCUUUGCUCCUUUGGGGUGA